AUGAAAAUCUAUAGUAUUAUUUUAUUGGUAUGCUUUGUCGGUGUAAUUUCUUGUCUACCCGACGUCGUAGUAGAGUGGACAGAGGACAACAAUUUCCCAUCGCCACUCAAUAUUCUAGUGGGACAAAAGGUAGUUUGGAAAGCAGUGAACUCCGAUAAACAUGAAAUUCUGUUGGUAGAAGAUAACGUCCACGAGCCAAUGAUCAACAACGUUGCCAGUCACGUUUUCAAAAAGGCAGGUUGGUUCUCAUACUCCUGCACUAUCCACCCAGGCAAGCGUUUCUACGUCAAGGUCGCCGAGUCUGAGAAUCAAUCCGCCCGUGACUUGGCUCUCAAGGAAAUCGAAGACCAACAACGUGCCAAAGAGAAUCUCAAGGCUUACGAGAAGCGUGAGGUACUCUACCGUCUCCAACAACAACAGGCCGAGCAAGAAUUGAAGACCGGAGUCAAGGCACCAGCCGGACCAUUUGGUGCAAUUCCAGCCGAUAUCGCUGCAACCAACCAAGCACCAGCCACCAACAACGCCGUUGAAACUCCAGCCACUCCAUCCAAUCCAUCCGCUGCCAGCUCAGAACAACCAGCUGAACAAUCUGGUGAGGAAGGAACCACCUCUGGUCGUCCAUCCACCAAGCCUGUCAAGCCAACUCCAAAGACAUCGAACAAACCAACCGAUGCCACCACUGCCUCACCAACUGACGACAGCUCAGCACCACCAACACCACCAAGAUCCACUCCAAGACCAACCACCAAGACAGACACCAAUGUCAAGCCAGGCGAAACCAAAGAUCCACUUGGAUCAGUAAAACCAAAGGUACCAAAGAACUCUGCUGCUGACUCUGAAGACAAGCCAAAGGAUGAAGAUAACGGAUCAGGAUCAGAAGGAAAGAAUAGUUCAUCAACUGUCACCUACAGUAUUGUAUUACUUGUAUUAUCUUCCAUUAUCUCUAUUAUCUUCUAA